UCUGUGUGAGUACUUCUGUAAAGAGAUAUGGAGUCAGAUUUAUCAGUGGAAGGACACUUGAAAGAAAUGAAAUUGCUUUUAAAUUCAAAGGAAUAUUGAUGUUAAGUUUCUUGAAUGCACUUUUUUCUUCAUCUCUCCAGUGAGGAGCCUGUUGUUGCUGCUGCUGGUUACGUUCAGUUGUUCUCAAACACAUGGUACAGAUUUUCCUCAGGUUGAUCCAGACAGACAGCAGCACUUUGAAGGCGACACCUUAACUGUGAGCUGUGAAGGACUGAACGGACUGAUGGGAUGGAGGGUGAUGAAGAGGAUCAAAGGAAACGCUGGACCAUGUGCUGCUAACUGGGAAACAUCAACUGGAUCCUGCACAGUUGAAGGUGCAGCAGCAGAAUAUGACAGUGGAGAAUACUGGUGUGAAAUGGGAGGACAGCAGAGAAGCAACACCGUCAACGUCACUGUUACUGGUGGUUCUGUGGUCCUGGAGAGUCCAGUCCAUCCUGUGAUGCAGGGAGAUAACGUGACUCUGAGCUGUAUGACGAAGCAGAUGUCCUCCAGCUUCAUCACUGAGUUCUACAAAGAUGGUUUCUCCAUCGGAAGGAGCUUGACAGGAAUCAUUUCGAGUCAGAACCUUUCCAGAUUUGGUGAUGGAUUCUACAAGUGCAGCAUCUCUGAUGUCGGAGAAUCACCAGAGAGCUGGUUGUCUGUCAGAGUUAUUCCUGUGGUUCUGGAGAGUCCUGACCUUCCCGUGAUGGAGGGGGAAGCUGUAACGCUGCACUGCAAGAACAAGGUGACCGCCAACGUCACUGCCGACUUCUAUAAAGAUGGACACUUCAUCGGAAGCAGCUCUACAGGGAACAUGAGCAUCCACAGUGUUUCCAAAUCACACCAAGGACAAUACAAGUGUAUCAUUCUUGGAGUUGGAGAAUCCCAAGAGAGGUGGCUCUCUGUCAGAGUCUUUGCUCAGAUCGUUCCAAGCAGACUGCAGCUCUUUGAACACAGCUCCCUCUAUAUUAACUGUAAGGGAUUCAACAUCUCCACUGGAUGGACUGUCCUGAGCAAGACAAAGGGAAAAGUCAGCACAUGUAUCUCCGGCUGGUCGUUCAUCUGCACCAUCAAACCGGCGUUGCUAAGCGACAGUGGAGAAUACUGGUGUGAAGGUGGAGGAGAGAGAAGCAAUGCUGUCAAUAUCACCAUCACAGAUGGAGCUGUGAUCCUGGAGAGUCCAGUUCUUCCUGUGAUGGAGGGAGGGAAUGUGACUCUGCGUUGUCGGACUAAAAUGACUUCUUCAGCCCACAUAGCUGAUUUCUUUAAAGAUGGUCGACACAUCGGCACCAGCACCACAGCAGAGAUGACCAUUGGCAGAGUUUCCAUGUCUGAUGAAGGACUCUACAGCUGCAGCAUCUCAGAAUUUGGAGAAUCGCCACAGAGCUGGUUGACUGUCAGAGCACUUUACAGAGCGACUCCCCAGUCUUCAGACCAGUCCUGCCAGAUCUACCGGAUCUUACGGACAGUUUUCAUCGUAGUGAUGUUGGUUCUGCUGCUGGUGGGACUCCUUCACUGGGGGAAACUUAGACUGAAAUAG